CCAGCGUAAAUCCCACUGAUGCACUCUGGAUUGGCUGUCAGUUGCAACAGUGUUCUGGAGAGCUUCUCAAACUGUGCUCAGGAAAGCAGGAUAUGAGACAGUGCUGUGUCGCUCUCAGAGACGUGAGUCACGCAGCCGAGGACGAGCCGGAUAAUGGCUUAUCUCUCUCUCUCUCUCUUUCUCUCUCUCUCUCUCGCUCUGGAGGUCAUUGUGUACAGCGAGGCUCUUAAAGAGCUGUAGGUCACAUGACUCUCUCUGCUGGCUCUCACUGAGCAUGCUCAGUUCACUGUGUUGUCAGGCAAAAAAGAAGACAGCUCUGGAACAGACGAGAUCUGCAAUAGAUAAACACACAGACACACAGAGAGAGCCGGAGAGGGAGCGCUAGUAUGGAAGGGCGCUGCUAGUGCACAGUAAUUCUGCCGUAUUGGAUGGUUUGGGGCCGUGUUUCUGUAUGCAUUGUGCUGUUCAUCCGCUGUGUGUCGUGUCGGAGGAGAAGCAUCCGUCUGGCGGUCGCUCCAUCCUCGCUGAAGAAAGCACAGAGCUCAUCUUACUGAAGACGUCUCCUGUCGUCCCAGAGUGCCUGUUGUUUUGUGUUUUGAGCUGAAAUGGAUCAGAAAAGCUUCAUCCUGUUAGAGACGCGUCUGUGAACACCGGAGCCAAUGGAUAUUAAAGGCCAGGGCUGGACGGAUGAAGAAUCGGAUGGAGAGAACGAACCGGAGCAGUUCCUGUACGGGAUUCAGGGGAGCUGUGCAGCCGACCUGUACCGUCACCCUCAGCUGGACGCUGACAUCGAGGCUGUAAAAGACAUUUACACGGACAGCGCUGUGUCCGUCAGAGAGUACGGCACCAUCGAUGACGUGGACAUCGACCUGCAAAUCAACAUCGGCUUCUUGGAUGAGGAGGUGGCGACCGCAUGGAAGGUGAUCCGAACGGAGCCCAUCGUCUUACGCCUCCGUUUCUCUCUCUCACAGUAUCUGGAUGGACCAGAACCGUCUGUGGAGGUGUUUCAGCCGUCCAAUAAAGAAAGCUUCAGUUUGGGCCUUCAACUAAAGAAGAUCCUCAGUACGUUCACGUCGCAGCAGUGGAAGCACCUCAGUAAUGAGUUCCUCAAAGCCCAGCAGGAGAAGCGACACAGCUGGUUCAAAGCCGGAGGAACCAUCAAGAAAUUUCGUGCAGGACUGAGCAUCUUCUCCCCGAUUCCCAAGUCUCCCAGUUUCCCCCUGAUCCAGGACACAGUGUUGAAAGGCAAACUGAACGUGCCCGAGCUCAGAGUCACCCGGCUCAUGAACCGCUCCAUCUCCUGUACCAUGAAGAACCCCAAGGGGGAGCUGUUUAGCUAUCCUCCGAACAGCCAGACUGUGGCUGUCCCGGCGGGCAGGGCCCCUGCGCAGAUUACCACCCGCCAGCUGAUUGAGUUGUUUUUCUCAUCCCAGGCGGGCGGACACUGCAAGAACAUCCCCACGCUGGAGUACGGCUUCCUCGUGCAGGUACCGUCUCACCACAGCCUCAGCGACACGCACGACUUCAUCCUUUCCCAUGAUGCCCAGAGUACAUCCCAACAUCACAUCCGUGCAUGUCGAGUGCAGCGUCUUAGUGAGGCUAAAUACGGUGCUGCCGUAAAUCUCGUAAAAGGUCAUAAUCAUGAUGACGGCUCGUAUCUGGAGAUUAAGAAGCAGAUGGAUAAACUGGAUCCUCUGGCUCAUCCGUUACUGCAGUGGAUCAUAUCCAGUAACAGGUCUCAUAUUGUGAAGCUGCCACUCAGUAGGCAGCUGAAGUUCAUGCACACAUCUCAUCAGUUUCUGCUGUUGAGCAGCCCGCCUGCAAAAGAAGCUCGAUUUCGCACCGCAAAGAAACUCUAUGGCAGCACCUUUGCCUUCCAUGGCUCCCAUAUUGAAAACUGGCACUCGGUUCUGAGGAAUGGACUGGUCAAUGCCUCUUAUACUAAACUGCAGCUGCAUGGAGCAGCGUACGGGAAGGGCAUCUAUCUGAGCCCCAUAUCCAGUAUUUCCUUUGGAUACUCAGGAAUGGGGAAGGGCCAGCAUCGCAUGCCCACUAAAGAUGAGUUAGUCCAGCGAUAUAAUCGAAUGAACACAAUGCCACAGAGUCGCCCCAUACAGUCACGCUUCCUCCAGAGCAGGAACUUAAACUGCAUCGCUCUCUGUGAAGUGAUCACAUCCAAAGACCUGCAGAAACAUGGCAACAUCUGGGUGUGUCCGGUGUCUGACCACGUCUGCACACGCUUCUUCUUCGUGUAUGAGGACGGUCAGGUGGGAGACGCAAACAUCAACACACAGGAGCCCAAGAUCCAGAAGGAGAUCAUGCGUGUGAUCGGCACCCAGAUCUACUCCAGCUGAGGCCGUUUCUUUCCUCCGCUCUAUCCAUCUCUACUUUCUUCCGUCCUGUCUUUCGCAUGGGAUGCGGGAUGAGAUGAAGGGAAUCUUCACGAUAAGCCCCGCCCACAACCCUUUGACUUCCCACAGAGCCGCUGUCAGUCAAAAGCAGACAGGCGCCUGAUUGGACGAGACGGAACUCGCCGGAGCGUGAAGUCGCAUCUGUCGCUCGGAUCGUUUCUCACACUAAAUAUCUGUACACGUAAAAACAAGAAAGUCAUUUAAAAUGUUUUUUGCGUAGUAAAUGAUGAGUCUGUGCGUUUUAUUGUGUUCGUAUCUUCUUCGUCUUUCUCCUCCGCUGCUCUUUCUGACUGAUGACAUGUAUUAAUAUCCCAGAUGUAUUUAUCUCCUGAGUUUCCUGCUGAAAUUAAUUUCCCGUCUUUUGUUGCUCGGCUCCGCUUACACGAUUUAUCGUUUCUCAUGUUUAUGCUUUUUGGUGACGUCAUCUGAAAGCUUUAUAUCCACAAAGCUCUGCAGUAUAGGAUGACGUACACUAGCAGUCAAACAUUUGGACACAUUAUUUAUUCUAUUUUCACAUGUUGCAAUAAUAGUAAAGUGUGCAAACUCUGAAAUCACACAAAUGUAAGUCAAAACUCUUUUAAAGUUGCACUCGUCUCUUCUUCCCUGUCGUGACCAAAGCUUGAAAUCACUCCUCGGCCGAUUUGACGAUUGCAUUUUUAGGCACAGUGCUAAUUCGUAGUGCUUUACAUAAAAAGGCUUUAAAAUAAUCAUCAAAUAAUUACAAUAGAUGCAUAAUAAAUAAAAAGCAUGCAUAAGAAAAAAAAAGAUCAAAAAUUGAUCUAGUUGUAUUAAAACCAUUAAGAAUUCAAUUUAAAAAGUUGCACGCUGUUCGGAACAAGCCAAAACAAAAAUAUCAGUAAUAAACCAGAUUCUAAGAGCUUAGAUUGAAAUAUAUGUAUUAUUAAACCUGAUUCUGAAUCAUUCAGUUGAAAGAUUUAUGACAGUCAGUCAUUGUUUGUGGAUGUCAUUAAAAUAAAAUCAAGUAAAAUAAAAUUCUAAACCGCAUUUAUUUUGUUGCAAGUUUAAUUUUUUGUGAUAUUAGAAAAUGUAUUUGAAUUUUUAGAGACAUGCCACUUGUCAUCCAGUGUGUGACCAUGCAUCUUUAUGAUUUGUUUUAGUAAUAUUAUGAACAUAACUUACUAAUCAUAACCUGUCAAUAUGGCUAGUGAGUUAUGUGUUAACCGGCAUGGUUAAUUUUGACCUGUAUUUGACAGGUUGGCAGGUGUUGCAUGGAUAAAUCAUUUAUACGAUAUUCCAUAAAAAAAUUAUUGUCAAUUUUGAAGAAAAAAAAAG